CGGGCGCGCGGCCGGCGGCGGUUGGCGGCGCGUGGGGCCGGCGGGCGGUUGCUGUGAGGAGGACUCCGGGGCGGGCGGCGAGCGCCGGCGCCAUGGUGGAGAAGGAGGAGGCCGGCGGCGGCAUCAGCGAGGAGGAGGCGGCGCAGUAUGACCGGCAGAUCCGACUGUGGGGGUUGGAGGCCCAGAAACGGCUGCGGGCCUCCCGGGUGCUUCUUGUCGGCAUGAAGGGACUCGGGGCUGAAAUUGCCAAGAACCUCAUCCUGGCAGGAGUGAAGGGACUGACCAUGCUGGACCACGAACAGGUUUCUCCAGAAGACCCCGGAGCGCAGUUCCUGAUCCGUACUGGGUCUGUGGGCCGAAACAGGGCCGAAGCCUCUUUGGAGCGAGCCCAGAAUCUCAACCCCAUGGUGGAUGUGAAGGUGGACACUGAGAAUAUAGAAAACAAACCCGAGGCGUUUUUCACUCAAUUUGAUGCUGUGUGUCUGACUUGCUGCUCCAGGGAUGUCAUAGUGAAAGUUGACCAGAUCUGUCACAAAAAUAGCAUCAAGUUCUUUACAGGAGAUGUUUUCGGCUACCACGGAUACACGUUUGCCAAUCUCGGAGAGCAUGAAUUCGUAGAGGAGAAAACGAAGGUUGCCAAGGUUAGCCAAGGAGUAGAAGAUGGACCUGAUACCAAGAGAGCAAAACUGGACUCGUCGGAGACAACUAUGGUCAAAAAGAAGGCGGCCUUCUGCUCCGUUAAAGAAGCCCUGGAAGUGGACUGGAGCAGCGACAAGGCGAAGGCGGCUCUGAAGCGCACUGCCUCCGACUACUUCCUCCUCCAAGUGCUCCUGAAGUUCCGCACAGAUAAGGGCAGAGAUCCUAGUUCUGACACCUUUGGGGAAGAUUCUGAGCUGUUGCUGCAGAUCCGAAACGAUGUGCUCGACUCCCUGGGCGUCAACCCUGACCUGCUUCCUGAAGACUUUGUCAGGUAUUGCUUCUCCGAGAUGGCCCCCGUGUGUGCAGUGGUCGGAGGGAUCCUGGCCCAGGAAAUUGUGAAGGCCCUGUCUCAGAGGGAUCCUCCUCACAACAACUUCUUCUUUUUUGAUGGCAUGAAGGGGAACGGGAUUGUGGAGUGCCUUGGCCCCAAGUGAACCCGAGACUUGGCAGCCCGGAGACGCCGACCUGCAGCAUGCCCACUUGUGCCCCGGCCCCUUCCCCUCGAAGGCAUCUCCAGGCAAGGGAGAGAGGAAGUCAUGGGACCAGUACAGACCGUGUCCUGCAAGCAGGGCGGCCGUGCGAUGUGCCUCUUGCCAGUACCAGCAGCUGCUGACCAAGGGGCGCAGGGCCUGGCUGUCUCCAUCCCAGCUCUGUCAGGACUGCCGGCCCCUGAGUGGCGAGCCCCUGAACGCCCCACGGAUGCCUCUCUGUCCUGGUGCCGCCGUGGGGUCGCCACCCUCUGGGGUACUGUUGGGGAAGCCUGCCAGGAACCAGCGCACCUUGUUGCUUAGGAGCCCCUGCCGCCUUCUCGGACUUAGUCCCCGCAUGAUGUCAUACAGCGAGGAGCAUGACUUCAGGUGGGGACUAAGGCCCAGGGCCAAGGGAGCGCUGGUGGCACCCCAGUUCCCAGCACAGACGGGGCCCUAGAGGAAAAAGCGCGGCAGGCGGAAUGCAUCUCCUCCAGAGUCUGAGAUCCUGGAAAACAACAGCUGGCAUCUGCUGUGCUGGUCUGGGGGUGUUGGUUUAGGCUUAGUUGAGUUCCAGCCUGGAUUUUGGAACAGAGGAAAUGUUACCAAGUCCUCUUGGGUAUUAAGGCAAGACCUUGCAAAUUGAGUAUUAGUGGGAAAACUUUGUUUGAAAAAGGGUUCUGGUUUGUUGGGGCUGAGCUAGGCCGGGGAGCCUGCGUUUGAUUGACCCCCGGCACUGAUGCGGCGCCCACCGCUCUGCAGGGCGAGGCCUUAGGGCUGCGUCGCUCCUUCGUUUACCCCCUGCAUCACAGCUGUUGGUGUUUUUUAUAUUGUCUAUAUUUUCUUGGCUCUUUGAAAAGGAAUGAUAGAAAUAAAGUUAUUUGCUUUAGAA